CUUGGCAAGCCGCCCCAUUGGGUUUCUAUCUCCCCGUUUCUCUCUCGGUCUCGACCUUGUCGCUCGCAGACCGAGAGCUCCCGGAACCCUAGGGAAGAGACGAGUAGGAAGAGGAGGAGGAGCAGCAGGAGGAGGUGAAGUGGAAGAAGAAGAGGAGAUGCAGGGAUUUCCAGGACCCCUGCCUGAUCUGGCCCAACUCCAGUCCACCAUGGUCGCAAUCGAGCGAGCCUGCUCCUUGAUCCAGAUGCACAUGAAUCCAGCUGAAGCAGAGAAAAUUAUUAAUCCACUGCGGCAAUCUUCCAUGCCAUACCAGACAUGCCGAUUCAUUCUUGAAAAUUCUGAGGUGCCUAAUGCAAGGUUUCAAGCUGCUGGAGCUAUUGGUGAUGCUGCAAUAAGGGAGUGGGGGAUGCUUACAAAUGAGAAUAGAAAAAGCUUGAUACUAUUUUGCCUACACUAUGUUAUGGAACAUGCAAGUGCUGCUGAUGCCUAUGUGCAACUAAAGGUUUCAGCAGUUGCAGCUCAGUUGGUAAAACGAGGCUGGUUUGAUUUUAUUGAAGCUGAAAAAAUUGGUAUUCUUAUAGAGGUGAAGCAAGCCAUUCUGGGUUUUCAUGGUUCAGAUAUGCAGUCUGCAGGCAUUAGUUUUCUGGAGUCCUUGGUGUCAGAAUUUUCACCUGGAACCUCGACUGGUAUGGGUCUUCCGAAAGACUACCAUGAACAAUGCCAUUCAUCUAUGGAAUUGAAUUAUCUGAAGGAGUUCUAUUGUUGGGCAAAAUCUGCUGCAUUAAAUGUGGCCGAUAAGAUUGUGAGCUGUUAUGCAAAUAUAUCUGAAGAGAAAGUUUGUUCCCGAGCGCUUCGUUUUAUGUUUCAGGUCUUGAACUGGAACUUCAAGAGCAGUCCCAGUGCUCUAGAUAAUUCAAGCAGUAAAUCAAAUUCAGGGUCAUUUGGAAUUAGGCCUGACAUGGGGCUGUUAAAAAAGUUUGAACGUUCAUUGGUGGAGCCAGGGCCCUUAUGGCAUGAUGCUCUAUUAUCAAGUGGACAUAUGCUGUGGCUCUUGAACUUCUAUGCAAUAGUUCGCCAGAAACAUUCAUCUGAUAUGUUAUGGUUUGAUUCUCCGCUGGCAGUCUCUGCUAGACAACUAAUAGUACAAUUAUGCUCCUUGACAGGGACGAUAUUUCCUUCUGAUGACGGGGAGAUGCAUAUUAAGCAUCUAACACAGAUUCUAUCAGCUGUUAUCGAAUGGGUUGAGCCUCCUAACAUUAUAUCAGGCGCAUUACGUAGUGGACGAAGUGAAAGUGAGAUGCUUGAUGGUUUUCAUGCAUUGCUCUCGAUGGCAACCUUGACUAGUACUAUGCUUUUUGAUAAUCUCCUUAGGUCUUUAAGACCUUUUGGCACCAUUCACCUAUUGGCCACCUUGACAUGUGAAGUAGUUCAGACUUAUGUGAUUAAAAAUGAUGACGAGCAAACAUGGAGUUCGGAAGCUCUUGAUAUUAUGUUAGAGAUAUGGACUGUCAUUCUUGGGCGAUCAGGUAAUGAUAUGAAAAUUUCAGCUGAAGGUAUAUCUUCAGCAUCAAAUCUGUUUAGUACUAUUGUGGAGUCACAUCUGAAAGCUGCUGCUGAAUCUGCAUUUGAAGAUGAUAGUGAAGCUGACUAUUUUCAUGUCUCCGUCUCAAGACGAGAUGAAACAUUGUAUGCAUAUGCUCUUAUUGCACGAGCUGCUGUUGAAACCACUGUUCCUUUUCUCACAAGACUAUUUUCAGAACGCUUUGCUCUUCUCAGUCAGAACAAUGAAAGAAUGGAUCCCACACAAACCUUAGAGGAACUAUACUGGCUCCUUUUGAUAACUGGGCAUGUUCUUACUGAUUCAGGCGAGGGAGAAACAGUGCUUGUUCCUGAAGCAAUACAAGAUGGGUUUUCAGGUGUGACAGAAGAACUACAGCAUCCUGUAAUUGUUCUUUCCUGGUCCAUAAUAAGUUUUGCGAAGCAGAGUCUAGAUCCAAAAAUGAGAAAUGCAUACUUCAGUCCUCGACUCAUGGAGGCAGUCAUAUGGUUCCUUGCCAGAUGGGUUGAUACAUACUUAAUGCCAAUUGAUGCUGCAAAAGGACAACUUGGGAUAUCUGGUCAUGAUGAAGGGCUGCAACAACACCCCCAGUCUUCUAAGAAGGUCUUGCUCAGUUUUGCUGGGCAACAUAGCCAAGGAGAAACAAUACUUGAUACCAUUAUCCGCAUUUCCAUGACAACACUUACUUCAUACCCUGGGGAGAAUGAGCUUCAAGCAUUGACAUGUUGGAAACUGCUUGUAGUGCUUGUUCGUCGGAGACAUGUCUGUAUUCACCUUGUUGCAUUGGAAUCAUGGCGUGAUCUUGCAAGAGCCUUUGCAAAUGAGAGGACAUUAUUCUCCUUAAAUGCUCGUUUGCAACGUUCUCUUGCUGAGACACUUGUUUGUGCAGCUUCAAGUUUUAAAGAUCUAGAAACAUCCAACCAAUAUGUGAGAGAUCUCAUGGGACCCAUGACAGCAUACCUUGUGGAUAUUUCAAGUCGGAAUGAUCUGAAAGCUGUUGCUCAGCAAGCAGAUGCAAUAUAUAUGGUCAGUUGUUUGUUGGAACGGCUGAGAGGAGCAUCUAGGGCCACCCAACCUCGAACACAGAAGUCUAUAUUUGAGAUGGGUUGUGCUGUAAUGAAUUCUCUAUUGACACUUCUUGAGCUAUACAAAAAUCAGUCUACAGUUGUGUACCUGAUACUUAAAUUUGUCGUUGACUUCGUCGAGGGAGAAGUAGCGUUUCUCAGUGCCAAGGAAACUUCAAUUUUGGUGAACUUUUGCUUGCAGUUGCUCCGAAUUUAUUCUUCUCAUAAUAUCGGUAAGAUCUCUCUCUCUCUUUCAACUAGCCUGCAGAGUGAGGCACAAACAGAAAAGUACAAGGAUUUGCGGGCUUUGCUUCAGCUCCUUACUAAUAUUUGUUCCAAAGAUUUGGUUGAUUUUUCAUCAUUCUCCAAUGAGGCAGAAAGUACAGAUAUUGCUGAGGUCAUCUAUGUUGGUCUCCAUAUCGUCACCCCUCUAAUAUCUUUGGAGCUUCUGAAGUACCCCAAACUCAGUUGUGAUUAUUUUGCACUGAUCUCACAUUUGUUGGAAGUGUACCCUGAGAAAGUUGCUCAGCUGAACAAGGAAGCCUUUGAUCAUAUAGUCAGGACACUUGACUUUGGUGUUUGCCAUCAAGAUGUUGAUAUUGUUGAUAAAUGUCUGAGAGCAGUUAAUGCUCUUGCCUCCUACCAUUACAAAGAGAAAAUUGCCGGCAAAGAAGGAUUGGGUGCAAAGGCACUGAGCUCAGAAGAAUCAAAUGGCGAAUUUCAGCAAAGCAUCUUAAGCUAUUUCCUGAGGCUGCUAAUUCAAUUACUUUUAUAUCAAGAUUUCAGAAUGGAACUUGCUGGUUCUGCAGCAGAUGCUCUCUUUCCAUUAGUUUUAUGUGAGCAAGACUUAUACCAGAGACUGGUGCAAGAAAUCCUAGAGAAACAGUCUAAUCCUGCUAUAAAGACCAGGCUGGCGAGUGCUUUCUAUGCUCUUACAAGCACAAACCAGCUCUCAUCUUCGCUUGAUAGAAAUAACCGAUUCAGAUUCAGGAAAAAUCUUCAGGUAUUCUUGAUUGAAGUUUCAGGCUUCAUGAGAAUUAUUUGAGUUGGCAUGGAAGACCGUUGCGAGAUUGACUGUUGACAGUCAAAGAACUGUAUAGACGAGAUCGACACCAAUCACAUUGAAGUAUAACAUGGUUUGGAAAUCAUAAGACUCCAGAAUGUAAUCUCCAGUGGUUACGGAGUCGAUAGCAGUACCCAAUGUCAUAUCUCCCGUUUGUUCAACAAUGUCGUAUCGUCCGCCUGGAUCAUGUAAAAUGUCAAGUGAAAACUGGGUUGAAUGUUGCAGACAGAUGCUUUUGCUGUAAGAAGUUGUGCGAUGCUGGUAGAAGAUUCAUUUGACGGUAAACAUAUCAUGCAGGAUCAGAAUGUUAUAAUUUGCAAUUCAACACUUUAAAUCGCAUUACAUCAAAUUUUGCAA